AUGCCCCGCUUCCAAUUGUUGAUCUUUGAGUCCAACGAGCCAACUUAUCUAAAGAUUGCAGUGGUGUGAUGAAAAGAUAUGCAUAUUUAAUCCGUCUUGGCUAGCUUCUUUCGCCCCUCUACGAUAUUCUUUGCUUUUCUUUGCUUUUCUUAUAUCUCUACUUCCCGUUUCCUGCUGUAUAUGCUUAGUCUUCACUCGAUAGCUUUCCUACAUGUGCUUCACAGCUUUUCCAUCAUAAUUCAUAGCUAUUCUAUACUCCCUCUUCUAUCCCGCUCCAAUCCAAACAACUUCUGGCAAGCACUCCUCAAUUGCCAUCCUCAACUACAAUAAUAAGCAAUGGCAGCAAAACAUUUCAUCCAUGAUCCCACUCUUCUAGUGAACUCCGCUCUCCAUGCUCUCACCCUCACAAACCCCUCCGUCGCUCUCGACGAAGAAAACAAAAUCAUCUACAGACGACCAGGCCACAAAUCUCAAGUCUCUAUAAUAUCUGGUGGAGGUAGUGGGCAUGAGCCUAGUUUCGGAGCCUUUGUGGGGGAAGGAUUGCUCGCAGCAUCUGUUGCAGGUACUAUAUUUGCCUCACCGAGCGCCGAGCAAAUUCGCAGAUGUGUAAUGUCAAGAGUUGAUACCGAGAAAGGAAUCUUGGUUACGGUCAUGAAUUACACAGGAGAUGUGUUGAAUUUCGGUAUGGCCGUUGAGAAAGCGAAGGCUGCGGGUUUGAAAGUCGAGAUGUUGGUAGUUGGAGACGAUGUGGGAGUUGGUCGUGAGAAGGCUGGAAAAGUUGGCAGAAGAGGUAUUGCAGGCACAGUACUGGUACAUAAGAUCACUGGAGCAUUAGCAGCAACGGGUGCUAGUUUGGAGAACGUCUAUAAGGUUGGAAAAUUAACAGCAGACAAUAUCGUCAGUGUGGGAGCUUCCCUAGACCAUGUUCAUGUUCCCGGCCGAGCACCUCCCAAUCCAAAUUCCGAGGAGAGCCUGGCUCACGAGGAACUCGAGAUUGGAAUGGGAAUUCACAAUGAGCCUGGUAGCGGUAGGGCCAAGGUUGAUCUGCCCGAGCUUGUCAAAAGAAUGCUUACACAAUUGUUGGAUUUGAAAGACAAGGAUCGAGCAUUUUUGAACGUAAACUCGAAUGAAGUCGUUCUUCUAGUCAACAAUCUUGGUGGUGUUAGCGUGCUAGAGCUGGGAGGUAUCACGGCAGAAGUCGUAGGUCAGCUCGAAAAGUCCUAUAACAUCAAGCCAGUCAGAAUCCUUGCCGGAACUUAUAUGACAAGUUUGAACGGUCUUGGAUUUAGUAUAUCGCUUCUUAAUGUUGUCAACACAAACAUCGGUGGACCCAGUAUGUUACAAUUAUUGGACGCAUCGACUGAGGCCACUGGAUGGGCAGCUCCUAUUAGAAAAGAAACAUGGGAGGCUAAAUCUACAGAAACUAGAACUGGCUCUGCUGGUGCUGAAGAGGAGGUUAAACCCAGUGGUUUGAGAUUAGACCCAGAAGCAACAAAGACAGCUUUGACCGCUGGACUCGAGAGAAUCAUUGCAGCAGAACCCGAUGUCACUCGAUUUGACACAGUGGUUGGGGAUGGAGAUUGCGGUAUUGGUCUAAAGAGAGGAGCUGAAUCCGUGUUAUCAACAAUCUCGAAGGAGAAGCUAUCCGGUGAUGCUGUUGUCGAUCUUGCAAAAAUUGUUCAAGUGGUCGAAAAUACCAUGGAUGGCACUUCUGGGGCUCUAUAUGCCAUCUUCCUAAACUCUCUUUUGGCUGCUCUUCGCGAAAAUGCUUCUGCUGGACAAGCAACUCCAGAAGUUUGGGCAAAGGCAUUACAUUCUGCGUCUGAAGCCCUCUCAAGAUAUACACCAGCGAAACCUGGAGAUCGCACUUUAGUAGAUGCCUUAUAUCCAUUUGUUGAGACACUAAAGAAAACGGGAGAUAUCAAGAAAGCAGCUGAAGCAUCCAGGAAAGGCGCUGAGGGCACAAAAGGAAUGAAAGCUAGUUUAGGAAGAACUGUGUAUAUUGGCGGUACUGGCUUCGAACAAGUUCCGGAUCCAGGUGCAUGGGGUUUGAGUGAAUUCUUCUUGGGACUUGCUGGGCUUGGAGAUUCGGAUUAUGAAUUGGUUUGAAAUGAAGAAAACUUUACUGUUUGUUAGCAACGGAGUGCUUAGUGUAUGUGAAUAAUAAAGCUCGAACGUCUGUAUCUGUUUGUUUAGAAUGCCAAAGGAGAGGUUUCUGCCUCGCUAGUGAUGUAGCGAUCACUGCACAUGUAUUAUG